AUGGUGAGCCAAUCAAGCAUCUUCCUCCGUCUCCCCUUGGAGAUCCGUGAGGAGAUCUACCUCCAACUGUUGUUCUUCCGCGACGACGUCGGUGUCCAAUCUCUGACUCCCAAGCUCGACAGGUGGAUCAAGGCGAUGUGGGAUGAUCCCGAGUCGACGUUCUGUGGCGACGAGAAUAACAUCGUGCCUCGGGGAAGGACCAAUAUCCUUUGCGUAUCUAAGCAAGUCGGAAAGGAGGCCCUUGAUGUGUUGUACCAGCGCAAUACCUUUGUCAUACAUACGCACGCUGAUUCUUACGAUAAAUUUCUCAAGUUCGGAACCGCCAACAUACGGCGCAUCCGUUCCUUGAGACUUGUCACAUACCCUCAAGAGCUUGGAUACAUGGAGCCUGUCAACUUCGACCCCAUAAUAUGGGAUCCGCUUCUCACAGACUUGACACAUCUUUCCCUCGUUUUGCAACAGCCAUGGAAGGCUCAGGGACAUUGUGAUUCAUCUGGCAGUAAGGGGAAGUUCCAGAAUUGUGUUGCGGAGGAACUACAGAAAUGGCUUGCUUGGCUAGAACCGAUCUUACAAUACUUCGCCAACAACAUUUCCGAGAAAACCACGGUUAGCAUCGACGACAACGAGUUGGCGGAGACGAGCGAGGUCGUGCAUAAAUGCUUCCGUGCCGGUUACCGGAGAGUGCAGACUGAGAUCGGAGACAGAAUCUUCGAGAGGGCGUUGCCAUCUGAGGAGUCUGAAUACUGGUACGAUGAUUAUGAUAUGGAUUCUACAUGUGGUGGCACGAUCAACGAGUGGUCAGACUAG